CAUUCAAAUGCGUUUGAUUGCUCCUUUAUUGUUCGCGUGACCGAGAUUUUUGCAUAAAUGCGCGCUCCUGCAUCCGCGCUCCCGCGUUGAGGAAAAAAAAAGAAAGCACCACGUGGUUUUCUCGGACCAAUCCUUGAUGCCAACGGCUAUCUUAUGCGCGCACCCGCGAGCGGAGCAGAAGAGCGGAGAGAGAAGGCGGCAGGAAGAGAAAAAUACAUUUAAAGCUAAAUCAAGAAUAUCUCCGUCCCCCGUUAAUUCAUCAGACAUGUCGGAGGAGAAGCCAAAGGAAGGAGUAAAGACUGAGAACGACCACAUCAACCUUAAAGUUGCAGGGCAAGAUGGGUCAGUGGUCCAGUUCAAAAUCAAAAGGCACACACCGCUCAGCAAACUAAUGAAGGCGUACUGUGAACGGCAGGUAAGCUGGAAACCCCAAGAAACAUCUUUGAUUCUUUAUCAAACUCAAAAUCUGAACAUUUCUUUGUAUUCUUACCUAAAGGGACUCUCAAUAAGGCAGAUCAGGUUCAGGUUUGAUGGACAGCCUAUCAAUGAAACGGAUACACCUGCACAGCUGGAGAUGGAAGACGAAGACACCAUAGAUGUUUUCCAGCAGCAGACUGGAGGGAAGUGCUAAGCCCUACUAUUAACAAUGACCACCUUCAGACCACGCCCUCAACCACCUUCACUGCCUCUCUGUCCCCAUCGCUACUCUUGGCUCUAUAUUAUUAUUAUUAUUAUUGUUAAUGUUAAUAUUAUUUCCACUGUUUAAAGGUUAUCAUAUGAUAUUUUGUCAUCUGUGGGAGGGGCUUCUCUGCUUUUUAUAUUAUGUCGCAGUCGGAAUGGAAGUUGUGUGUAUGUGUGUGUGAUAGCAGUCUUUCUGCUGGCCAGUUUAUACAACCUUACACUACUGGCAAGCUGUAAUUGAACCAUCAGUUCAUUGUAGCUCCUCCUCCUGGUUUGGCAGUUUCUGGUUGACUGUCAGGUGAAAGCUUAGCAUCCAGUUGUUAUCGGUUUUCAUUCCAUGUGCAAAAUGGCUUUUUCUUUGAAUGGAAACGUGUACAAAAAUGGAUUUUAAUUAGCUUUGCAUUUUAGAUGCUUAAGUUUUUGUUUUUUUUUUUCUCUGUGAGUGUGCGUGUGUCUUACUACAGAAUGAAUGCAGAUUCAGUUUUUUUUUUUUUUUUUUUUUUUCCCUUGUACAGAAGUAUUUGAGCUGGGGUUUAGAAAUGUCUUGAGGGGCCUGGUUUAUUAAUCCAAAGACAGAAGUUAACUCCAUGUUUGAUGUACAUCUCUGUAAGAGGCCAUUGCUAGGUUACUGUGUCGCCUGAAGCUGAAUUGGUCCCCCCGCCCCCCGAAGGGUCAGCUGUAUUAUUUUUGUGUUAUUGUCACAUGUGGCAAAUGACAGGCUCUAGAUGGGCUCUAAACAAGGACAUCUUCCAGUUUGAGCCAUCAAAAGUGGGAUUUUGAUGCUGACGCGCUUUUUAAGUCCUUGUUGGAAUAUUGAUUUUUCAUAAACAAAAACACAAUUUUUGCUGUGGAGUUAUUGCAGAUUAAGAGAGUGAGUCUUAUGUAUUGUUAAAUUAACAGAUGGAUUUAUUUCAUUGCAAUUACUUCAGCAGAUGGAUUUUUUUUUUUUUUGAGAGAGAGAGAAUUGUGUGUCGUGCCCACGUGGCCCCCGUUCUUCAUAUGUGGGUCACCUAAGAGGCUUUAUUUGAUUCCGAAAGGCCCAACAAGAUCCAAGAAUUUUUAAUCUGAAAGCGAACCAUACUGUGUAACAGCCGGACUAGAGCUUAGAACCUCCAAGAAAUGUCAGAUCACCAUUUAAGGAAAGUUUAGAUUUAAAGUUUUUCUCGCCGGGCACCCGUUCUUCACUGCAGAGAGCACAUAAAGUCGGUCUUUGUAAACAUUGUGACAGCCUAAAACAUGUUUUACCCUUUUUCUGUUCUUUGGCCACAUUAGAAAGGUGCUUUAUUUCCUUGUAUAUUAAGCUCUACAUGUAUUUUUCUAUGCGUUUAGGUUGAUAGUGAAUGUUGGUAUCUUGACAUUUUUCAUGGGUGUAUUCAUACCUGCCAUCUACUUUUUUUUUUUUUUUUUUUGACAUAUUUAAUUUUGCUGUGUACAUUUUGACUAAUUGGAAGGCAUUUUAUCCGACCCCAAACCUACCUGUCCUAAGUCAUGUUUUUUUUUUUUUUUUUGCUUUUAAGUUUUGUGGUAAAUAAACUGAAAUAAGUAGAAAUAUUGGAUGGGCUUCUGCACAAAUACUGAUUACAGUUUAUCUGACAGAAUCAAGAGCACAGUUAUCAAUGCCAAUAAAUUGGCCUCCUCCCCCCUUUGCAUUGUAAGGACUGAGCUGCUAUGAGAGAUUUAUGGCACUCGGCUGAACUACAUUGUUAUGUAUGAAGAACGGGGUCCAGGUCUUGUCAUGUUUUUUUUUUUUCUCCUUUUUCUCUACUGAAUUGUACAUUAGUUGUGGUCUUUUACUACUGUAUACAAUAAAUAUAGUUUGGUACUCAGA